GGCUCCACCCCCUCCCCAUCGUCAGUCGAGGGUUGCCAGCCGUUGCGCAGCGCCUCUCCGCUUCUUCGCCUCGCGCCGUCUGAGUGCGGCGCCUUCUUCCCGUCCCCAUGGCGACCGGGCGGCCUUACCAGGUGGUGGUGUUCGGGGCGUCGGGCUUCACGGGUCAGUACGUGGCCCAGGAGGUGGCGCGGGUGGCCGGCGAGGAUGAGCUGCGCGGCUCGCUGCGCUGGGCCGUGGCCGGCAGGAACCGAGAGAAGCUGCAGGCGGCGGUCGAUAAGGCGGCCGAGAAGCUGGGGAAGACAGAGCUGAAGUCAGAAGUUGGCAUAAUACUGUGUGAUGUCAGUGAUCCAUCCUCUCUUGCUAAUAUGGCUAAACAAGCUGCUAUUGUUCUGAACUGUGUAGGCCCAUACAGGUUUUUUGGUGAGCCUGUGGUGAAAGCUUGUGUUGAGAAUGGUACAAGCUGUAUCGACAUCAGUGGAGAACCUCAGUUCCUGGAAGGAAUGUAUCUGAAUUACAAUGACAAAGCUGCAGAAAAAGGAGUAUAUAUUAUUGGAAGCUGUGGCUUUGACUCUAUCCCAGCAGAUAUGGGAGUAUUGUACACCAGAAAUUCUUUGAAAGGUACAUUAACUGCAGUUGAAAGUUUCCUGACUGUAAAAUCUGGACCAGAGGGUUCCUGCAUUCAUGAUGGGACCUGGAAAUCAGCUAUACAUGGCUUUGCAGAUCAAGACAAUCUGAAAAAAAUUCGAAGGCAAAUAGGACACAAACCCCUUCCAGUGACUGGAAGAAAGCUUAAGAGAAGAGGUGCAGUGUUUUACAGUAAUGAACUUAAACAGUAUUCCAUUCCGUUCAUGGGAUCAGAUGUCUCUGUAGUAAAACGAACACAGCACUAUUUGCACACAGACCUGAAUGAAACACCUGUGCAAUAUGCUGCUUAUGCGACUGUGGGUGGUCUUGGAUCUGUUAUUAAGCUAAUGUUUGCUGGCCUUUUAUUUUUAAUGCUUGUGAAAUUCAACUUUGGAAGAAAGCUCCUGCUAAAAUAUCCUGAAUUUUUUUCUGGGGGACAUUUCACAAAGGAAGGACCAACAGAAAAACAGAUGGAAGGGUCAUCCUUUGAAAUGACCUUUUUUGGUGAGGGAUACAGAACAGAAGAAGAUUUACAACUGGGCAAACCAAAUGUGAAAAUCUGCACCCAAGUAAAGGGACCAGAGGCUGGCUAUGUUGCUACACCCAUUGCAAUGGUUCAGGCAGCUGUGGCACUUCUGAAGGACAAAUCUUCUCUUCCUAAAAAGGGUGGUGUCUAUUCUCCUGGGGCUGCAUUCUCCAAUACAAAACUUAUUGACAGGCUCAAGAAGCAUGGAAUUGAGUUUUCUGUUAUUAGCCAGCCUGAAGUCUGAAACAAGAAAAAACACCCUGAAGGCUGCAUGAC